AUGGGGGUUGGUGAUGCAUUCUAUAACGAUAACGUGUCUAGUCCUAUGGUAGUAGGGGAAAUUCCAAAUCCGGAGGCAACUAAAUUUUUUAAUCUUUUGAAAGCUGCGGAGGAGCCGUUAUGGGAUGGGUGUACCAAGCAAUCCAAAUUAUCUGCUUGUGUACAAUUGCUUAAUAUGAAGUCAACAUUUAAUUUGACUCAGAAUGCCUUCAACAAUUUUAUUGAUUUCACAAAAAGUUGCAUGCCUAAUGAUGAAAAUUUGGUAUCAAAUUUUUAUGAUGCCAAGAAAUUUAUGCGACCACUUGGACUUGGUUAUGAGAAAUUUGAUGUGUGUCCUAAUUAUUGUAUGUUGUACUAUGGGGCUGAUGCAAUGAAAACAAAUUGUGAUUUUUGUGGAAGUUCACGAUACAAACCUAGAAAUCCAACUAGUAAAGGUUCCAAUAAGGCAGAGAAGCAACUUCGAUACUUUCCCUUAACACCAAGGCUUCAAAGACUGUUCAUGUCUCCAUAUCAUGCCAAAGAUAUGACAUGGCAUCAUUUUCACAAGUCAGAUAAUGGGGUUAUGGUGCACCCAUCUGAUGGGGAGGCAUGGAAGGAGUUUAAUCGUGUUCACUUCAGCUUUGCAUCAGAUCCGAGAAAUAUUCGAUUAGGGUUGUGCACUGAUGGGUUUUGUCCAUUUGACAUGUCUUCAAAUACAUACUCUUGUUGGCCAGUAAUUGUGACUGUUUAUAAUUUGCCUCCAUGGAAGUGCAUGACUAGACCAUUCAUGUUUUUGACAAUGCUGAUUCCUGGGCCAAAGAAUCCGGGUAAAAAGCUUGAUGUUUUUCUAAGACCUUUGAUUGAUGAGUUAAAGAAUUUAUGGUCUGUUGGUGUUGAAACAUAUGAUGUCUACAGAAAAGAAAAUUUUCAAUUAAAGGCAGCUUUGAUGUGGACCAUUAGUGACUUUCCAGCAUAUGGCAUGUUAUCGGGGUGGAGUACUCAUGGAAAUCUGUCUUGUCCUUAUUGUAUGGAGCAUAGCAAGGCUUUUAGAUUAAAAAAUGGACGGAAAACUACAUUUUUUGAUUGUCAUCGACGAUUCCUACCCAUGAACCACCCAUAUAGACAUCAAUCUGAUAAGUUUUUGAAAGGAGUAAUUGAAAGGCUCCCUCCUAUACCUCGUCCAUCUGGUUUGGAAAUGUUAAAUGAAGUGUCCAAGUAUACUGAGGGACAUAUUGGAGGUUCAUCAUAUAAUGUUAAAAUUCCGGGAUUUGGUGUUAAACACAAUUGGGUGAAGAAGAGUAUUUUCUGGGAGCUUCCAUAUUGGCAUACAAAUUUGAUUCGUCAUAAUCUUGAUGUCAUGCAUAUUGAGAAAAAUGUCUUUGACAAUAUUUUUUAUACAGUAAUGGAUUGUCCUUAUAGAAGCAAGGACAAUUUAAAAGCUAGGUUGGAUAUUCAAUUGUAUUGUCAUAAGCCAAAUUUACAUUUGCAACAAGAUAUGAGUGGUCGGGUUUACAAACCUAAAAGCACUUAUUGUCUACACAAGAAACAACAACAAGAAGUGUUGUCAUGGAUGAAGGAAUUAUCAUUUCCUGAUGGUUAUGCUUCAAGCAUUUCACGAUGUGUGAAAGAGGCACAAUGUAAGGUUUCGGGGAUGAAGAGCCAUGAUUGUCAUGUCUUCAUUCAAAGACUUCUUCCAACCGCUUUCCGACCUUACUUACCUAGGCCAUUGUGGGAGGCAUUAACUGAACUAUCCGUAUUUUUUCGAGAUAUUUGUUCAACAAAUUUAAAUGCCCAGCACAUGGAGUUAAUGCAGAUGAAUAUAAUUGAAAUAAUUUGCAAACUUGAAAGGAUUUUUCCUCCAUCCUUCUUUGACUCCAUGGAACACUUGAUGAUACAUCUACCUUACGAGGCAAAAGUUGGUGGACCAGUUCAAUAUCGAUGGAUGUAUCCAUUUGAACGGUAUAUGUUUUAUUUGAAGAAGAAAGUUACCAAUAAAGCUAAAGUUGAGGGUUCCAUAUGUGAAGCGUACUUGAUUGAUGAAAUUACCAAUUUUGCAUCUCAUUAUUUUGGUGAUGACGUGCAAACAAUUUGGAAUCGAGUUCCACGGAAUGAUGAUGGUGGCCUUAAAAGUGUAGAUGGAUGUCUCUCUAUUUUUUCCUAUCCAGGAAAAAAAUUAUCCAAAAGAUUUUAUAGAAGGCAGUUGUCACAUGCUGAAAUGCAAAUUGCGCAUAACUAUGUGAUAUUCAAUUGUCAAGAACUGAAGCCUUAUUUAGAGCAAUGCCGUCAAGAGCUAAAGUCACAACAACCAUAUGCGAGUGAUGGUGAAAUUGAAAAAUUAUGCGAAGUGAUCUUUCCAAAUUGGUGGAAUACCAAUCUAAUGGAAUUCAAAAUCAGCUCUUUGGACUUGCUAUGGGCCCUUCAACUUCAGUGA